AUGGUCAGAGGAUUGAGCUUGGUGGAUAUAGUUGAGGAUGUAGAGAAUGUGCUUGAUAAAAUGGGUCACUUGGGGUUUAAACCGUCGGGGUUUGAGUAUAGAGUGGUGAUUCAAGGGUAUGGACGGUUGGGGUCGUUUAAGGAGAUGAGGAGGGUGAUUGGGAGGAUGGAGGAUGCUGAAAUUGGAAUUGAUACGGUUUGUACGAAUUUGGUGCUCUCUUGUUAUAGUGACUAUGGAAAUUUAGCGAAAAUGGUUACUUGGAUUAGAAAUAUGAGGGUGUUGGGGAUUGGUUAUUCUGUUCGAACUUGCAACUCCGUGUUGAAUUAUUAUCCUAGUGUAGUUUUGAUGGUUAAGGAUUUAAGGACUCUUCCCCUUUCAACGGAUGACCUACUCGAAAUGUUGAAUGAUGAGGAGGCUUUGCUGGUUAAGGAAUUGGCUGGCGCAUCAGUCUUGCUUGAGAAAUUGAUGUGGUCUGGUUCAGAAGGAAAGUUGGAUUUUCAUGGUUUUCACUUGGCAUCAGCAUACAUUAUCCUAUUGCAGUGGAUGGAGGAGUUUAGGCGUAGAUUAAGGGUUAAAGAAUAA